GACAAGGAAAAGGCAAGGGGUGGGGGAAGAGGGAGCACCGAGAACAGCGCCUGCGCGGUGGGCGUGAUCCGGGCACUUAGGGCAGGAUGAACGCUGCUUUCCAAGAUGGCGACGGAGGGAGGAGGGAAGGAGAUGAACGAGAUUAAGACCCAAUUCACCACCCGGGAAGGUCUGUACAAGCUGCUGCCACACUCGGAGUACAGCCGGCCCAACCGGGUGCCCUUCAACUCGCAGGGAUCCAACCCUGUCCGCGUCUCCUUCGUAAACCUCAACGACCAGUCUGGCAACGGCGACCGCCUCUGCUUCAAUGUGGGCCGGGAGCUCUACUUCUAUAUCUACAAGGGGGUCCGCAAGGCUGCUGACUUGAGUAAACCAAUAGAUAAAAGGAUAUACAAAGGAACACAGCCUACUUGUCAUGACUUCAACCACCUAACAGCCACAGCAGAAAGUGUCUCUCUCCUAGUGGGCUUUUCCGCAGGCCAAGUCCAGCUUAUAGACCCAAUCAAAAAAGAAACUAGCAAACUUUUUAAUGAGGAAAACUCUUGUCAGCACUUGUGGAAGGCGGAUUGGAAUGAAGACAGACAGGAUGAAGGUAGCAAGACCAGUGAGGAGGCUCUAGUAACUGUCCAGAGACUAAUAGACAAGUCACGAGUUACCUGUGUCAAAUGGGUUCCCGGUUCGGAAAGCCUUUUCCUAGUAGCCCACUCGAGUGGGAGCAUGUACUUAUAUAAUGUGGAGCACACUUGUGGCACCACAGCCCCCCACUACCAGCUUCUGAAGCAGGGAGAGAGCUUUGCCGUGCACACUUGCAAGAGCAAAUCCACGAGGAACCCUCUCCUUAAGUGGACGGUGGGCGAGGGGGCCCUCAACGAGUUUGCUUUCUCCCCAGAUGGCAAGUUCUUAGCGUGCGUGAGCCAGGAUGGGUUUCUGCGGGUGUUCAACUUUGACUCAGUGGAGCUGCACGGUACGAUGAAAAGCUACUUUGGGGGCUUGCUGUGUGUGUGCUGGAGCCCGGAUGGCAAGUACAUCGUGACAGGUGGCGAGGACGACUUGGUGACAGUCUGGUCCUUUGUAGACUGCCGAGUAAUAGCCAGAGGCCACGGGCACAAGUCCUGGGUCAGUGUCGUAGCAUUUGACCCUUAUACCACUAGUGUAGAAGAAGGUGACCCUAUGGAGUUUAGUGGCAGCGACGAGGACUUCCAAGACCUUCUUCAUUUUGGCAGAGAUCGAGCAAAUAGUACACAGUCCCGGCUCUCCAAACGGAACUCUACAGACAGCCGCCCCGUAAGUGUCACGUAUCGGUUUGGUUCCGUGGGCCAGGACACACAGCUCUGUUUAUGGGACCUUACAGAAGAUAUCCUUUUCCCUCACCAACCCCUCUCAAGAGCAAGGACACACACAAAUGUCAUGAAUGCCACGAGUCCUCCUGCUGGAAGCAAUGGGAACAGUGUUACAACGCCCGGGAACUCUGUGCCACCCCCUCUGCCACGGUCCAACAGCCUUCCACAUUCAGCAGUCUCAAAUGCUGGCAGCAAAAGCAGUGUCAUGGACGGGGCCAUUGCUUCUGGGGUCAGCAAAUUUGCAACACUUUCACUACAUGACCGGAAGGAGAGGCACCACGAGAAAGAUCACAAGCGAAAUCAUAGCAUGGGACACAUUUCUAGCAAGAGCAGUGACAAACUGAAUCUAGUUACCAAAACCAAAACGGACCCUGCUAAAACUCUGGGAACGCCCCUGUGUCCUCGAAUGGAAGACGUUCCCUUGUUAGAGCCGCUGAUAUGUAAAAAGAUAGCACAUGAAAGACUGACUGUACUAAUAUUUCUUGAAGACUGUAUAGUCACUGCUUGUCAGGAGGGAUUUAUUUGCACAUGGGGAAGGCCUGGUAAAGUGGGCUCAUUGUCAUCCCCAAGCCAGGCCAGUUCUCCAGGUGGAACUGUAGUGUAGCGACCCCACUGCUGCGCGCACAGCCUCCCGGGACUUGGACUCGAGGGAGUGACGAGGAGGAGCCCCAGCUGCGCCUGAGCCGUGCCAGCCGGCAGACCUCAGGCGGUGGACGUCGACGAGGGCCGUGUGGACGGCGACCGGCUCCCUCUGCAGCAUCGUGCUCCCACUGCUCACCCAAAGAAAUUGUUUCCAUUUUAAAUCGGUCUUUUGGGGCUGCAGUAAAAAAUAAGAAAUUGAGUUUUCUUACUUUUUACUCUAAAAUUCAAUGUAAUUAAAUCUCAUAUAUAUAUAAUAUAUACAUAUAUACAUAGUGUAAAAUAGAAUGUUUCUUGGACAAGAAAUCCCCUGAAAUUCAACUGUUAUAAAUAGUGCUUUCCUGUUUUUGCACUGAUUUUUCUAUACCUUAGGUGGUCAGAAGACAACCUUGAAUGCACUCAUACAGAAAAUUGUUACUUUCUGACUUAAUGUAAUUCAGGAAGGCAGAUGCUGCAAUCACAGAUCUAAAAAAAUUGUUUGCACUUAAAAAUAGUUGAAUGCUGGUGGAGUUACUUUGCAGAUGGGUACAAAGGACUCACGGCCCUCUGAGGUGCGGUGUGAAGAUGCCCUUUUUACCUGUCGAUGUUUAAUACUGUUAUUUUCCAAUGCAAUCAACUCUGUAUUAUAUGUAUAAAUAAUGUAAUUCUGCAAUUGGGGAAAAUAGUUACUUCACUAGUAAUUUUCAUCAUUUAAGAGUGAUAUUUCUAAUUCACAAAAAAUUAAUAUUAAAACUAUCUUGAAUA